CCUGUUACCUAGUGACGCAUAUAAAUACGUCCUGUCAUCGGCAGAGGCAGAGGCAGGUGGUUGGGCUAUUGGCAUUUGGCACGCCAUCAGCAUGAGCUCUCCUCCUCCUCCUCCGAAUUCCUCCGAUCCUCUCUUUGGAUAGAAAAGCUAGCUGCUCGUGCUGCUGCUCCCCGUCGAAAUAGGAUCCAUGGCGCUGUUGAUUGGUCGUCGUCGUCGUGGGAGCUCGAGAUGAUGCUUGUGUUCGUCGUCUUCUUCCUGCUCCGCACGACGGAGGGCUUCCACGCACACCAAUCGCUCGUAGCUAGCAGCCGCAGGGCCGGUCGAGUUGUGCAGCACGCAGGCAGCGCCAUCGCAAUCAGGCUAGGUAGUACUAGGUAUAGGUAGCUAGUUGGUAGGCUACGCGCUCGCAGGUGGCGUGUCGUCGUACGUCGUCGUCGACUCGUCGUCUCCUCUCUCUCUCUCUCUCUCUCUCUCUGUGCCGGUAGGCGCGCUCGCGCGUGCAGGGCGACGGACGGCGCAUGGUCAUCAUGGCCGGCAUGCUCCCCGGCGUGGAGAGCGCGCGGAGGCGGCGGGUGCGGCAGUCGUCGGAGUCGGGGGCGGCGCGGCGGCCGUCCCUGUGCCUGUACGCCGGCGGGCUUGGUUCGUCGUCGUCGGCAGCAGCAGCAGCAGCUUCGUCCAAGGCAAGAACUUUGCUCGCCAUCACCCAUCAGUCUGUUCGUUCAUGUCGUCUGCAUGUGGUGGGUGGCGUCCUUGUGAUGCUUUGCGGUUGCCUGCAGGUGUGGAGCGGCGCGUGCGGGGACACGACGGCGGCGAUGGCGUGCGCGUGGAUGACGACGCUGGGCAGCGACGCCCGGGAGGCCAAGGAGAGGCUGGAUCACAAGCUCAGGGGACACAGACAGCCUGUGGUGCUCAAGAGGCAUCAGACGACGAGCACGCGACCACCGCCGGCAAAACCGCAGGACGACGCGACGCGCGGCGCCGGCGGAAGCGACGGCCACCACUCGGCAACGGCGCCCUGCGGCGUGCUGCUGCACCGGGAGGUACUGCCGUCGCUGUCGUCGAAGCCGAGGAAAGGAGGAGGGUGCCGGUUCAGCUGGCGCCGCCGCCCGCCGGCGGCCGAGUCGGAGGCGGAGGCGGAGUGCGCGGUGUGCCUGGAGGAGCUCCGCGCGGGGGACGUGGUGGCGCGCCUGCCCUGCGCGCACCGUUUCCACUGGUCAUGCGCCGUGCCCUGGGUCCAGGCCGUCUCUCGGUGCCCCGUCUGCCGCGCCCACGUCCACCUCGCCGCCGGCGCCGGCCCCACCAGCUGACUGACCGACGCGGCGACGCCUUCGUCCUCCUCCUACGUCGGCGGCGGCUGCUGCUGUUGCCCUGCCACCCACGACGCGGCGGGCCGGCGACGGAUCGGAGCAAGGUCGGGCGGCGACAAGAGGAUGGUCACGGCGCAUGCUGCCGCGCGUGGGACGCGUGCCUCGUGUCAAGGGAAGGCCGCCAUGCACGGACGAGAUGGCGCGGUGCGGUUAGGUUGUAACGGUCGCGGUUGCACUCCGAUCGACCUUGUUGCAGGCGUGUGGUGUGACGUCGGAAUCAGAAUAUGGAGUGGUGGUGCAGGACAGCAGGAGUACGUCGCCGUAGGAUUGAUCAACGCAUUCCGAGGCUGUUUGCUUGCUGCCCUUGCCUUUGCGGCUUUGCCUCGGGCUAGUUUGGUCCUGUCCUGGCAAAUUUGGCGGACGCAGGGAGCUCCCGCGGCGUACAUGGAUACCUGGCUGGCUUCUUGACCGGCAGUGGCAGGUAUCAAACCAAACAAGCCCGCGUGUUCAGAGCUCUGUGCUACAUCAAAAAAGUACAUUUCUUCUUCUUUAGACCCGUCGCUCUACCUCUUCCUCUCUUGCAAGUGUGUUCAUCUUUGUUUGGUGGCA